GUGAACUCCAACUGGCUUCAAUACAUCGACGCAGCAGAAACCGUCUUCGAAGACUUGAAAUUAGAAUCUCGACAACUGCUAUCCCAAAAGGCGGAUGAAGCCUGUCACAUGAUGGCGAAUGACGCUUAUAAGAAAGAUCUAUGGAUGUGGGACCAAGACUGGUCGACUCAAAAGCUGAAAUUAAAAAAGAUUGCCAAAAAGAAAAAAGAUAACACGCCAUUUGAAUUAGAAACAGUUGAAGAUCUUGAAAAAAGGACUAAAAGUUCACCUAAAGAAAAAGAUUUUAAAGUUUUAAAUGAAGAAUACAUAGAUUAUAUUAAAAAAAACACACAAGAAUCAGAAACAAUAGAAGGUGUGAAAGAAUUAAGUAAAAAGUUUGGAUAUCUGUAUGCAAUGGCAGAGUCGCUCCCAGUAAGAAGGCCGUACUUGCCUGGUUACCCUGCGUGGUAUAGAAAGCUUUGCACGAAACCUGGCAAAGAUCCUGAUUGGACUCCAGGUGCUAACAAUAUUACUACUAGUAUGCAGAUAACUCCAAAACUCCUCCGCCUAUCCUGGGAAGGGUAUCCCCUCCACUACAUUCAAGAAGAAGGGUGGGGCUUCCUGGUGCCCUUUAGCAGGACGCAGAAGGAGACAGAAGGAGAGCCCUUGUUGCCUCUAGAAGAACUGUUAGCAGCGUGUCCUAUGGCGUUUUGUAAGCAGAGUGACAUCGACGCCAAUGUGCAUUUGUUACCAAAGACUGUUGAGGAGGAUUUGGGCAGACGAGCGUACUAUUCUCGGAAGAAAUUCGACGAGCAAGCGGCGGCUAACCAGUACCAUGGUUUAGGCGUAUGGUGCGGCGUACAAAUACAAGGUUGCUGUCACUUCUUGCGACUACCGCACAAAGAUGGACCGAAGUACAAAGUGGGGAAUCCCCUGGCGAAAGACUUCCUGGAUAUGUUCAGUCAGAAUGUGUUGACUGCACAAGGGAACGAGGCGGAAAAGGUGCUUACCUUUGGGCGUAUGAUGUCGUACUGGCGGAACAACCGCGAGCGUAUCAUGAGCCAGCAAGUGGUGUGGUUGCCACAAGAAUUGCUGCCGGCUCAACUGAGAGGCACGCGGCAGUACGGAGCCAUUGUGCCACAAGUGGUCGUAAGUGGGACGCUUACUAGAAGAGCGAGCGAGCCGACGUGGAUGACGGCGAGCAACGCGCAGGCGGAGCGCGUGGGCUCCGAACUGCGUGCCAUGGUGCAGGCGCCUCCGGGACACAAGUUUGUAGGCGCUGAUGUCGACUCGCAGGAGCUCUGGAUAGCAGCAUUACUCGGGGACAGUUCGCUAGGCCUGUGCGGAGGGACCGCCUUCGGCUGGGCCGUGCUAGCCGGAGACAAGUCUACGAAGACCGACCUGCACUCGCUGACCGCCGCCGCUGCCGCUAUCUCGCGCGACCACGCCAAGGUCAUCAACUACGCGAGGAUAUACGGUGCCGGUCAAAACUUCGCCGAAAGACUGCUGAAGCAAUUCAACCCGACCAUGACGAUAUCGGAGGCGAAGAGCAAAGCGGCCAAAAUGUUCACCACCACCAAAGGCCGCCGCGUGUACUCGCUGAAGAAACAGUACAUGGAGGGGUUCAUAUUGGAUGAAGAUGAGGAGUCAAAGGUCGGUGAUGGAUUUAGAAAUGCAGAAAAUAAUAAUUAUUUAUUGCUUUUGUUUUUUGUAGAGGUGUUAUCU